AUGCGACGCCUACGAAUUCACGGAUCGCCGUGCCACGUUGAAGGAAACGGGUCAACCAUCCUCUUGAGGAUUCGAAUGAAUGACGAUUUGUCAGUCGAUCGAGAAUCGAACGAAUCGACUGACGUGAGCGUAAAUUUCAAGAGUCGAGGAGUGGAUCGAGAGUUCCGGAAAAUCGAGAGGUGCUCUAACCGAAGGAGGGCAUUAUUUUUAAUUCGACUCAACAUCGCGGAUAUAUUACACUAA